CACCGUUUUGCGCCCAACACCGCGUGGUGCGAGUGGGCCCGUGCCAACGGCUGCCUACCCACCCAAGAGGAGGAGGUGGAUGCUGCCCAAGCAUUCGAGACCAUGAUGCAAGAAAGAAUGUUGGCAGACGAGGAGGAGGGGGAGGAGGAGGAGGAGGAUGCGAACGAGGAUGAUCAGACAAAUGACCUGAAGUGCAGCAAUUUCGAUGACAUUGCCGCCUUGAACCUCGAGGAGUCCAAUGAGGAUAGGAUUGAUGGAUUGUCGGCUACCACAUCUGAAACUGUGCCGUCCUUCGCCAAGUAUCGCUAUCCCAUAAUUGAUGGCGAGGAAGAUUACGACAGUUGGGAUCCUUACGAACGCAAAUACACUGGACUAGAAAUGGCAUCCCAACGUAUUACAGUUUGGGAACCAGACAACUACCGAAAGCCACAAAGGAAUUCUGUUUUCUACUUCAUUGAAGUUUUGACAAGUCAACAUCAUCGAGACGAACUGGGUCAACGCUACACUACCCUCUUUACCGAACCCGUGUUGCACGAAAAACAAAUUCAUGCUCAUUCUGGGCAGACAUCUAGCGCCUGCCAAUGGUUCGCCUUUUACACGAAUCCAUGUCCCUCCUAUUACUCAUAUCAAUCAUACCCUUCUUCUGUCGAGCUUAACAAGUUGUUUGAAGAUACGUCUAAGGAAUUGUUACUUGCCGACUUUUGGAGUUGGUCCGAACUUGAUGGUCAGUGUACUGGGAACAUUUUCCGAAGACUUUUUUUCGAGGGACAGCGACAUCGCGGAGACUUCACCUGCUUCCUGGAUGCUGACAGUGACAGCGAUAGCAAAAGCGAAGGCUUCGGACGUCUCUUCGACCUAACCUCAUCUGAACACGAAGACGCUCCUAUCGAAGUCGAACGACGAUACGACAAUUCCGAACAGCCUAGCUUGGAUUUACAGAGCGAAGUGUCCAGCAAUCAGGAGGAUUUGCCUUCACAGGUCGACUCCUCACCAUCGACUGAUGCUCAGAGAAGAUACUCAGAAGAGCACUCCAACCAAAGUGCACGAUGUCUUCCACCUCCAUCUUCUGCAACUUAUUCGGAGAACGAUGAGUUUUGUCCUCUAAUGAGGGACUGCAAAAAUUGCCACUAUGAUUUCAAUACCACGAAGCAGUUAAUAAAUACGGAACUAGCUCCUCAACUGAGGUGGAUGUUUCGUCAGACCCGAUGGCCCAUUCGAUUCGCACCACAGCAG